UGGGCUCAGUGUUGUUAAGAAAGGCUUAAACGCACUGGACCUUGUUUGCCAAACUGCCCAUCAGUCCAAUUGUGGGCUCUCAUCACAACUCAAUGGUUCAGUUGAAUCCAAAUGAAGCCUAACCUAACAGGCAGUGAUUCCAUUAUACUCCCUACUUCAUCGUCAUCUUCAUCUGCUACACUCACAAAGACUAACCAGAUUUUCCAAGCACGAAAUUUCCCAAUCCCUCGCGAAUUCUAAAUCAGACUAAAUCAUAAAGAAUGGGCCGGAAAGCUGGUGGACUUUAUAUAAACCCAAAGAAAUUUGGCACUCUUACAAAACCUUGCAUGAAAGAAAUGAUAACAUUCCUAAAUUGCUUGUCCCAUAGCAAGUUUAAUGAUGAAAAAUGCACUCGGCAGAAGGAACUUUUGAGUGCCUGUAUGGAUGCUCAGUCUACCAAGAACAGAAAGCCCUGGGGCAGCAUUAAUUACCACCUGCAGAGGCUGAACAGGGGAAGGAAGUAGUGUGGGCUUUUUUUGUAAACAAGAGUGUCAAGUUUAUGCAUCAUUCUCACCGCUUCCGGUGGUUUAGCAGAAGAAAAAGUAUAUUGGUUGUUAGCUCGAGAACAUUGAUGUAUCAUUGGCUAAUUGGAUUUUUUUGAGGUUGCUGGUGGAAAUUUUGGAAAACAGAUUCUUGAUAAGUUUUAUGUAGCUCAAACUAAUUCUUGUCAUCGUGAGGAGUACCAAUCAAUAAUCUUAACAGACAUGAUGGAUACAGAUAGAAAAACAAUCUUGCAUAUUGCUUUUCAUGUCAAAUAGUGUUUGACAUGAUCAUGUUGUGUUCCAUCAGCUUUCUUUUCUGUUUUUAUUUUACCAAACUGCCAUGUAGAACAAACGAAAGGAGAACAGGGUUAGGAGCAGCAGUACAGUACUUUGCGUAGAACAAUCCGUGUUACUCUGUUUUCUCUGUGUUAUUGGAAACAAAGAAAUCCUUGGUGUGAGUUAGUAGAGAGUUUCAUAUUAAGAAAUCAUCAAUUAAAGAGUGUAUCCCCAGAUUGAUCCUGAUCGCCGGCCCCUCACUCUGCCAGCCGUUAUAAAACUCUAAUCGCUGAAGACUCAAGUUAAAAACAGGAAAACGGAAAAAGGACGGGAAAAAUAGAGUUUCUGAGAUAACGAUGAAUGAGGAAUUAGGAGAAAUUAUAGUCUGUUAAUAAAUGGAGCUUGGAUUUUCGAGAAUGUUCUUUUUAUGUUUUCAGGUCGUGACCGUUUUCGGUGGAGAUGUGGGUUUUCGGUGGAGAUGUGGUUUUUCGUAUUCAGGCUGGUUUAACAUUUCGUUUCUGAUGCCAAUUGUUAGAGAAUUUUUCUUUUUCAGAUAAAUUAAAUAAAUAGAAA